AUGGCGGCCACUCGCGACCGGCGAAAUAAUGCAGGGAGUCGCAUCGCUCGAUUGUUAAACGAAGAAGAGGAGGAAGAUGAUUUCUAUAAAACCCAAUACGGUGGUUUUAAUGAAGAAAAAGCUGACGAUGACUACCUAGCUAACGAAGAUGACCGUGAUAUCGUCGAUUCCGAUUUUUCUAUUGAUGAAAAUGACGAACUAGUAACAGACGAUGAAGAUCAAGCUAACAGACCGAAACGCCGUAAGAAGGUCGUGACAAGAAGUUACAAGGAACCAACGAAAUCAAGCAAAAAACCAAUAUCACCUAAGAAAAAAUUCGUCAAGUCGGAGAAAAGAACUGAUCGACUCUCUCCAGAUGCUAAAAAGUCAUUGCGAAAAUCCACCACAGCAAAGUCAGCAGCAACUCAACAUCGAUUAAAAGCUCGUCAUGAAGCUGAAAGAAUGAAGCCUAAAAUGGUGAGAAAUGAUGAUCCAUUACCAACACAAGAAGAACUUUUGGAAGAAGCUUCGCAAACAGAAAAAGAAAAUCUUUUAUCGCUUGAAAAGUUUCGAAGAAUGGAAUUGGAAAAGAAAAAAGUUCGUCCAACAAAAGGAACAACUUAUGUUGGUCCUAUUAUUCGUUAUCACUCAGUAUCAAUGCCAGUUAUUCAAGAUGAAACUAAAGUGAAAGAAGUAAUACAAGAUGAUCACGAAGAGACGAAACGAACAACACGACGAUCUCGAAUGGCUGCAAAUGAUGCAGCUAAAGCAGCUGAAAAAGGUCGCUGUGAAAGAACAUUCAUCUCAUUCGUCAAUGAUAUUAACAACAAAGUGUUCGAUGGCGUCUUCCCACCUAAAUCGAAGCGUCCACGUCAAAGUCGCAUUUGCCCUGUGACAAAAAUGCCAGCAAAAUAUUUCGAUCCAAUAACUCAACUUCCCUAUUACAACAUUAUGGCAUUUAAGAUUUUACGUGAAAGUUAUUAUCAAAUGUUGGAAUCGAAUUCUGAUCAAAAUGAUCCUCGCACAGCUGAAUGGCUAUCAUGGAGGAAGAAAUGGAAGGAAACAAGAGCGAAACCGAUUAAAAUUGAACCAUAA